CAUUUAGCCGCACUCGACUUUAUCCCAUAUAUAACCUAUGAUAAAUCCCGUAGUUAUCGUCCUAUAUUUAAAAAAGAAAGGCUGAGAUCAUUUCAAACGACACGUGGCACAUCCAGAACCGUUGAGAGAGCUUGAUUAAAUCAUGGUGUCCUGAAAAAGGAAGAUUCGAUAGAAUAUUCCCAUAAUGGGGAGUCUUUCAGUCUCUGACGCCUGACCACUCAUUCAUAUUUAUGUCUUUAUUAUAAUAAAUUAAAUUAAUUAUUUAAUUAAUAAUUAUUUUCACUCCUUUUUAUAUUAAAUUUUCUUUUCCCCCCAAUCCAAUCAUCUCCUCCAUUACCAUCCUUUUUUUUUUAUAAUAUUCAUUUCAUUCUCAGAAUUCUCUCUUUUGAUUUAUUUUUUCCAAAAAAAAAAAGAAGAAAGAUGUGUAGCCAGAUAUCCGAAUCUGAGCAAGAGCAACUCCUGGAGAAGCUCGAGAUUUUCAAGAUCAAAGGAAAGGAUAAACAAGGCCGCAAGAUCCUUCGCAUCAUCGGAAAAUUCUUCCCUGCUCGGAUAUUGAGUGUUGAUGUACUGAGAAAGUAUUUGGAGGAGAAGAUAUUCCCUCGAUUGGGGAAGAAGAAGUUCUCGGUGUUGUACGUACACACCGGAGUUCAGCGGAGCGAGAAUUUUCCGGGAAUCUCCGCCUUGAGAUCGAUCUACGAAGCGAUUCCGGUCAACGUUAAGGAGAAUCUCGAAGCUGUGUAUUUUGUUCAUCCUGGUUUACAGGCUCGGCUGUUUCUCGCUACGUUUGGGCGUUUACUGUUCACCGGAGGAGGGUUGUACGGGAAGCUGAGGUACGUGAGCAGACUCGAUUACCUGUGGGAACAGGUGCGGAGGAAUGAGAUAGAGAUACCCGAGUUCGUGUACGAUCACGAUGAGGAUUUGGAGCACCGUCCGAUGAUGGAUUAUGGAUUGGAGAGUGAUCAUCCGAGGGUGUACGAUGUACCCGCGGCGGAUUCCCCUGUGUCUAUGUACUCGAUGAGGUGUAUCUUGUAGUUGUAGUAGUAGUAAGCCAAAAAUUUCACAAAUUGUACAUAUACGAAUGGGCUUGUUGUGUUUGGGUUUGGAUUGGGCUUGGGUUGGGCCUGUAGAAUGAGAGAGGUGGCCCAAUUUGUAUAUAGAAGAAAAGGGAGAGAGAAAGAUAGAUGAUGGGCCUGUUGUGGUUGUCGUUUGGGGUUUGUUACAUGUUUUUUUUGUGUGUGUGUGUGGAAGUGCAACUCAAAUAGAUGGAAUGAAACAUUUACAUAACGGGGAUUUUCCAUAAA